UGGUGUUCAAUUGACUGUAAUUUUUAACUUCGUAACCAAGGCCAUAAGUAUGCUAAACGGUAUGUGGAGAUGGCGGAGUUCAGUGGAUCAGUUUAUGUGCAGUGUAUGCGUUCUGCACCUAUAUAUCGGAUUGGUUUCAUGUGAUAGAGCAUACGACAAUGAAAAGAUUGAUACAGUUGUCCUCAGGCUACAAGCAAAAGAAAUGUUCAUGCAUGGGUAUAAUUCGUACAUGAAAUAUGCAUACCCGCAUGACGAGCUGAUGCCACUGUCAUGUAAGGGACGGCAACGAGGUGUUACGCCACCACGAGGGGAUGUUGAUGAUGCGUUAGGGAAUUUUUCGUUAACUCUUGUCGAUUCAUUGGAUGCAUUGGUCGUAUUGGGUGAGUUGGGUGAGUUUGAAGAGUCUGUGAGACGAAUUGUAAAGAAUGUUCGCUUCGAUUCAAAUUUGGUUGUGUCAGUUUUUGAAACGAAUAUUAGAAUGGUGGGAGGAUUAAUAUCAGGUCACGUAAUGGCUAAACUGGUACAGUCGAGAGAUGAGAAUCGUUUAGGAUGGUAUAAAGACGAAUUGUUGCAGAUGGCUGCUGAAUUAGCUGAUAGGCUUCUUCCUGCUUUCAAUACCACUAGUGGAGUUCCUUAUUCUAGAAUAAAUCUUAAGUAUGGAAUGUUAGAUUUUCUUCGGCAACAACAUGACACUUGUACAGCUUGUGGGGGAACGAUGAUUCUCGAAUUCGCUGCGCUCAGUCGACUUACAGGUAAACCAGUCUACGAGGAAAAAGCUCGAAAAGCAAUGGAUUUUCUUUGGGCCCAGAGACACCGUGGAAGUGAUUUAAUGGGCACUGUCUUAAACGUACAUUCUGGCGAUUGGAUAAGAAGAGAUGCGGGUAUUGGAGCGGGGAUCGAUUCCUAUUACGAGUAUUGUUUGAAGGCAUAUAUUUUAUUGGGCGACGAGGGGUAUUUAUAUCGCUUCAAUAAGCAUUAUGACGCCAUAAUGAGAUAUGUUAACAAGGGCCCACUGUUUAUCGAUGUUCAUAUGCACAAGCCAACAGUUGCCGCUAGAACUUAUAUGGAUUCCUUGCUGGCGUUUUGGCCUGGUAUACAAGUUUUAAAGGGUGAUCUAAAAGCAGCUAUCGAAUUUCAUGAAACGCUUUAUCAAGUGAUCAAGAGACACAAAUUCUUACCGGAAGCAUUUACGCAUGAUUUACAAGUUCAUUGGGCCCAACAUCCUAUUCGACCGGAAUUUAUUGAAAGCACUUAUCUGCUAUACAGGGCAACAAAGGAUGAGCAUUAUUUACAUGUGGCCAAAAAUAUUCUGGAUAGUAUGAAUAAAUUUUUGCGAGUUGAAUGCGGAUUUGCUGCCUUCAAAGAUAUCCGUUCGAUGAAUCACGAAGACAGAAUGGAUUCUUUCGUGCUUUCGGAAACGUUGAAAUAUCUGUAUAUGAUUUUCACGAAUCCUUCUGACUUACCCAUUGACUUAGACAACUAUGUUCUUACUACUGAAGCUCAUUUUAUUCCACUUUCAAUCGGUGACACUGAUAACAGCGAAAAACUUACACGUCGUUUGUUCAUUGAUCCGGAUGAAAUAAUUGAUGAUGAAAAUGCAAUAAUGGCUAAAAAAUUCCGAUCAGCAUGUCCUGCGGGGAUAAUUAAUGAGAAUUACGAUAAUUUGCCGGCUUAUGCAGAGGAAUUGCGUCACACUGUACAAAAUGUCGUUAGCGAACUAACGAAAAAUUCAGAAAGUGCCAAUAGUUGUCCAAAAAUACCUAAACGUUUAAGUGCCUGGUCGUUUAGUGCAACAAAUGUCGAACAUAUGAAGCAGUUGAAGCAGAUGGGAAUCCAAAUGCAAUUUCAAGUUGAUGGACACGUUCAUCUUACUCAUUCACCGGAUAUGGCUGUUUCGCCGGAAUGGGCCGUUCUUGGCAGUGAGUUCAUUCAAGAAAUGAUUGUGAUAGCAAGCUCAGAAAAACAUGGACUAGAUUUUAAUGAUGAUCGAGUUGUCCAGGUGGUGUCGCAGCCUAUAUUUGGGAAGCUACAUUGGCGAGCUGCAUCUGCACAGUUCGGUCAAGAUCUGAAUCACAGGGCAGUAAUCGCAGAAGUCCAGAUUGCCGUACCUUUUCGUGCUUGUAGACCGCUGACAAAUGCACCACGGAUGAAAGGUCGUAUUGCAAUAGUUCAGCGCCAGGAUUGCAUGUUUCAAGAAAAAGCACGUUAUGUCCAGAAAAGUGGUGCUGUUGGUAUCAUUAUUAUUGACAACACUAUUGGUACAAGUAUCGAUGUGUUGCCACCAUUUGCAAUGUCCGGUGAUCAGACCAUCAAGGAUGAUAUCGUUAUCCCUGCCGUUUUCCUUUAUAACAAAGAGGGUCUUGCUUUCAUGGAGCACAUAGUGCACUAUCCAAAUGCGCUGGUACGCCUUUCUGAUCGACUCUCAAAUCCGUCCUAUUUAUUUGAGGAUUUUGCAUGUCAUGGUAAAAAUAAAUACUCGUUGAACAAACUCGAUUUCUUAGAGGAUAUCGAUUUCUCGGAAGAUGUCAUUGUGAUUGAUAGUUCCUUGCCAGCCGUGCUUCUCAAUUUCCGAUUCGCUUCAGUUAGUGCAGGAAGUAGCAUCGAAGAUAAGCAAAAAGUGAUAGAAGAGAACAUCGAGGAAAUGCAAAAGCUAUAUAAUUUGGAAACGGAAUCCGAUACAGUGAUAUUUUAUAAUGUGGUACGGCAAAUAGGUUACUGGCAACUUGGCCUAAAUAUGCAACCAACAGAAGCUCAAUUAAGAAAGUUUUUUUGCUGAUACCGACAGUAAUCAGACUACAGCAAAUUAUGCAGAAGCCUGAAAAAUUAGUGGGAUCAAUAACAACUGUUAGCUGUCGAUUAUGGGCUGAACUGUUUGAUUGCCAACGAAUCAGAUGAUUUGAUGAGAAUGAGAUGAGCAAACUCUUUAUAUUCUUCAGGUCUUUUUCUCCUCCUGUAAUUACAAGAUUUCAGAUAACGGAAUUUGUUUGUAACUG